UUCAAUUAUUUAAUUCACAUACGUUUGAAAAUAGAAUCAUUUCAAAUUGAAUACCAAUUGUAUCUAUUACAACUUUUUCACGAAAUUUAGGGAAUAAUCAAUAAAUAAUAUAACGAGUUCUGCAUCUAAUUCUAAAUUCGUGAAUUCGUAAACUAACACACUAACAAAUAUCGCAUAUAAUUAUGAGUACAAAAUCUACAAAAGAGUUCGAUGCAAGUCAAUUUUUAAAGCUUUGUAAGUAUUCAAAUUCAGAGCUUCAAACCCGACAACGCCAAUAUAGAAGGGUCUUAGAAGCGCGCUUGCCUAAUGUACGAAAUAAAAAUCUGCAGAUUGAGACCUAUAAACAUGGGUGCAAGAGAAUGAAAACCGAAAAGGAAUUGUUAAAAGCAAAGAUUUGGACCGCGUCGGGAAAGUGCCACGAGGUCAAAAAUGGUCAAGCGCUUACUUCUAUCAAAUGCUUCAUUGAAUGUAACGUGUCUCUCAACGAAGAAAUUCAAAAAAUGAAGUUAUAUAUACACAAUCUAGAUCACAAAUUGAGUGUGAUAAAUAAAGAUAUUUGUCAUAUUAAUAUGAUACAAUUCCAAAAGAGUCGAAAGGACUUAGAAACUGCCAAACGAUCGCUGCGACUCUUGGAGGAUCAAUAUGAAAAUCAGAUCCAAAUGGAAUGUAAACUUACGGCGUUAAGUGAGAAGCUCCGUCUAAAUAUCUGUGAACUAAUUAACGAUCGUAGUCGAUAUUAUUCGUUUUACACAAAAUACAUACAACGAUUAACCAGCGAAAAUAAAUACCUUACGGACCUCAUUGAUUUUGCACUAGAUCAAAUUGAAAUUGGUAUCGAUAUGUAUGAGAAAUUAGAUAAUCAAAGCAAAAACUUUGUGCAUGAUUUGGAAAAGCGAAAGGUUGAAAUGGAAACUCUUAAACGUAUUAAAACUGCUACCGAGAAGAUGUGGGAAUUCCAAGAGAAAAAACUUGUAAAAAGAUCACUAACUACCAUACCAAUAAAGGAAAUUAACCGCCGUGAAAUUUGGCGAGAAAAAUAUAUGAAGAAACUUAACCUCUACAACAAGAUCUUAAAGAAAAUUCUAAACUACACCAAAGCGUUAGACAUUAAACAUGUCAUUGACAAAUUCCAAGAGCAAGAAAGCCUUUAUUAUUCUUUCUCUAAUCACUCCAAUGAAAUCAGCUAUCGUAUAACACUAUUGAACAAUUCUGUGGCGCGUCUUUUCGCUGAACUACAGGAUCUAAAGAUUGGCAAUCGAAAUAUGGUAAAGUCCCAAAACGACAUGAUCGAGAAAUUGAAAAAUGUGUUGAAGGUAAAACGUUUAAAUAAUGCAAGCCUCAAAAGAAAGGCCCACUCACAAGAUGAACGUAUUAAAAAAUUGUUCGAAGGAUUGCAAUUGAUACGUGAUCAAACACUUGUAGAUAUAUCCAUGUUGGCAAACGAUUUCGAAGAUCAGAAGGAGAUUAACAUUACGAUGAUGCGCGAACAAAUGAAAUUAAUUGAGAAACGUAUACAGUCGUUAGUAUGUGCAAUAUACGCAAUCGAGCGACAAAAAAAUCGUGGCGUCUUUACCACGGUAUAUCUUGUGAGAGAUUUAUAUAAAGUAAUUGAGGCGCCGACGGAACUUGAUCAGAUAGUACCGGCUACACAAUGCGCUGAAUGUGCCGAGGGCGAUGCCAGAAAUGUGGACGAAGCAUGGAACCUUAGAAUCAUGCCCCUUAAAGAACUAAAAGUCUGGGUAUCUGAAAAGGUUGGUCAACCCGAACUUCAAUACCGUUUGCAUAACAUCAAUCAAUGUCGUUUAAGUCGUUCACGUUCGCGUAGACAAACUCUUUUACACAAUUAAUAAUAUAAAAUGGCAUUUAAUAGUAAUUUAUAUAAAUCAAGUAAUGAAAAACCAUGGAAAAAUAUUUUGAAUUAAGCCAACUAAACUUGUAUAAACCAUUGAAUAAAUAAUAAAAUUUCAGCAAGCACAGCGCGCAUAUAAGAGACACUCCUAACAAAAAUAGUAAAAUGCUUUAUUUCAUAACAUAUUUGUUCUUCCACCUUAAGAAGGGGUUUUGUGGUCGUUCAUAAACAAAGUUUCUGGAUAGCUUAUCUCAGAGGAAGUCAAGUCGGUUCUUCCGAUAUUUCUAAUUCUUCCACCACUACAGGAUAUCAUUCUUGUUGAUCUCAUUCACUGUUAUCUACCUAAGUAACCAUAACUACUCUACUUAAUAGGUUGGCCCACAGCAUAAUAUAAUUUUGUAUUAGUCAAUAAUAAAUACUUCUCUCGAGUUUCUCGGAAAUAUAUAUUUUAAAUAUCAUUUCAAGGACAGUAAGACCUAUAAUUAAUCGAAGUGGGCCGAAUUUACAAGUAUGUUAUUAAAAUUUUAAUUUUGUUGACAAACCCACAUAAUAAGUACAUACCAAAUCCACAACAGCCGGUUCUACGUUACCGGAAUUUGAAUCGAAUUUUAUCCAGCCUAAGGCUGUUAUUUCGUCGAUCUAGUCCUGUUUGGAUCGAUUAUUUACAAAUAAAUCAAAUAAGUGGCUAAUGAGAACGCCCCACUUCGCUCGCAGACUGAGGCAUGCGGCUGCUUACAUGUGUGGAUGAUCUGAGGAAGUGUGAGGGCGUGUUUCGCGUAUUUUCUUAUUUAUACAAAUUCAGAGUGUUAAAAUCGUGUAAAUCAUAAACUCGUGUGUAUUAAUGAUUUAUCCUUU